AGCGUUCGGUGCUCAGCGGGGCUGCCACGCUGUCCCCGGGGCUGCCACGCUGGCCCCGGGCGCGAUGCGCCUGCCGGCCCUGGCUGUGCUGGCCGCGGCGCCGCUUCGGAUCCCCCCUGUUCGCGGCCUGGGCGACGCGCCCGCGGCGCCGGCCUGCAGCCUGGGCGACGUGCCGGCCGCGGCACUGGGGGACAGUGUGCCGCUGUGUGUGUUCCUCUCGGCCAGCCCGCCCCAGAAGAUGGCCUUCAGGGUGAAGGUUGACGCGAGCGCCGAGUUGCUGCUGAGAGGUUCUCGGCAGAUCGCCACCAACCAGAGUGCGCCAGUGAACGUGUGGGUGGCAGCGUCGCAGGGAUGUCAGCGCGCUCGUCCACUGUCCUGCGAGGCCUCCGCAGCCUAUCCCCUGGACUGCGCCGACCGUGCCGACAUCGACGGCCGGAUGCACAAGGCCUCCUGCCCGCAGGACGGCCAUCGCUGGGAAGACCUCGGCCGCCAGAUGGAAGCGGCGUUGGAGAACCUCCUGACCGACCCCGCGUUGCCCGUAGUCCUCUUCCUUCCUGCAGGGCUCCACCCCCGCAAGUACAACAGCGAGGGCGUUCCCGCCGACCCCGUGCAGGUCGACAGGAAAGCCUGGAGCCACUUGGGGUACCUGUACGACGUGGGGCUCGGACUCGACAUUGGCAACUUGGUAUGCAACAUGACCUGGGCCACCCUGGUCUGGUCAGUCGGCCUGGGCACCCCCUGGGACAACCCCCGGUGCCAGAUCUCCCCCAACGAGCUUCCCUCACGGCCACAGGUU